AUGGAUUCAGUGCGCACCGUAUACGCAGAUGGUAAAGAAUUUAUCUCAUCGAUAAUCGAGUGGCGUUCUGCUGCCACAGCACCGUAUUUUAUGCUGAUUAAUACGGUUUUUUGGUGGAGCGUGUUUUAUUUGCAACAUGACCUUCAGCAAAAGCUGUUGGUAUCAUUGGCAAUCGGUGUAUUCAGUUGGGAUAUUCUAUUGUCGUCGACUCAUGAGCACAGCAUUCUUGUGCAUCUAUUGAUAUGGCCCAUUAAGAACAGUUUGAGGACUGCGAGUGUUAUUCUAGCAUUGUCGAGUGCAUAUUCGUUGCAAUAUGCUCAACUAGAAAAGGCUUGUUGGAUGGCUUAUUCAACAUGUAAGUUUUAUGUUUAUCGUUUCAUUUCUCCGAAUUUGAGAAUUGCAACAGCCAUUAUGAUAAAACCCAAUAAUAGUGCUCAGGAUAUAGUUCGAAAUAUUUUACAUCGAUAA